AUGCUCUCACAGCAGGAAGAGCACAACAAGCCGCUACAAGGCCUUCCAGAUACUGUCAACAUAGACGGCAUAGAAAUGACUUUUGGACCGUAUCUACCUGCGCGUAGAGCAGCUGAAGCAUACUGUAGGUCUGUUGGCAUCACCCUUCCGUUCCCCAAAGUCUACCAGAAGCUGAACAUCUCCAGAGCAAAGCAAGUCGCGCAGCUCUACGAUGAGAUGAAGCACAUGCCUGACGACCCUGUCGUUAUUAGUUCCUACAAGGCUCUCUGCGAUGAGACCUGGGCGCAGUGGCAGUUCAUCAAGCGCACAGGACUGCACGUCGAGUUUUCUCCCAUGGAGCAGCCUUAUGCUAACCCUCGCAAAGCCAUCCUGGACAUCUCCGAGAACAACCACUUCUACGUCAAUUCCACACGUGGUGCAUUUGGCUCCGAUGAGCAAGGCUCCGCGUUGGCUCUCGAACAAGAUGAUCCUAAUCCGCUACUUGUGCUCACUGACGAGAUCAUCUCCGGCCAGGCGGCGCUCUUGAAUGACAUCUUCCGCAUCGUGCACGAUUUCUUCGGCCAUGCGAAGGAGGGUCUAGGCUUCCGUGCGGCAGGCGAGGAUAACGCAUGGCGGGGUCAUGCUACCAUGUACUCGCCUCUGGCACGCCGCGCACUGGCUACAGAGCUUCGUGGACAGAAUUCCUGGGUCAACUAUGGACCUUAUGGGGCUUCCAAUAGGAAGGCUGGCAUGGAUGACACCGUCUUUGCUCCGCAGAAGCUUGGGCUUUUACCUGAGUGGGUAGCUUGGGAAGGUGCUGCGGAUGAGGUGGUUCAGCCCAGCGCUGUAUCACUGAUUUCUUGUAGCGAGAAAGUUGUGUGA